AUGUCAUGGGAUUCCAUAGAGUCGCGCGACUUCCUCGGCGGGGUGCCGGCGCACCAGCUGUCGGCGACGCGGCUGCUCAGCUCGCCAGACACCUCACGUCAUCACCUCGAUGAUCCCCCAGAGGUAUAUCCCUUCGCUGAGGAGUACACUGGUGGAGAAGGCCGCAAUGGGGCGCUGCGGUGGGGCUCCCGCUUUGGGCCGGCGCACCGCCCGCCCACCGCUGGGUUGCUCGAGUGCUUCCGCGCCUGCCGGUCGCGCCUUGACCAGUAUCUGGCUAGAAGAAAGAUAGAACGUGGUGUCCGUUUGUACGGCCAAAACGAGCAGCGCCAAGCGGUCAAAGUAUGGCUCUCCGCGCUUCGGGGAGUGCGCCACCGGAGCGACAAGUUCGCUUUGCUCGGACACCUGUACCAGGCUUACAUGGACUUUGGGAAGUACAGAGAAUCUCUAGAAUUCGCCAACAGACAGCUAGGGAUAUCCGAAGAGCUGGACUCCGCCCCGAUGAGGGCGGAGGCCUAUCUCAACCUGGCCAGGGCACAUCAGACGCUUGGGGGUCUUGACAGGGCGCUCUCCUACGCCCGCCAUGCGCUGUACAACGACUGCGGUGGAGGCUCCACGGCGGGGUGCGUGCAUCUCACCGUGGCUUCCGUCAGCCUCGAGCUCGGAGCCUUCUCCAAGGCAAUGGAUGGCUUCCAGAAGGCGCUAUCCGUUGCGCAGGCGCAAGGGGAUAACACUUUGUUGUUGCAGGUAUACGUAGGACUCUCAGAGCUCUGGCGCCGCCUGAAAGACGCGGAGCGCGCUGUUGCCUGCGCCGCCCGCGCGUGUGACCUCGGCCGCGGGCCGCGCGCGACUGAUCUGAACACGCGACAUCAUCGCACUGCGUUGCUGCAGAUGGCAGCAGCGUUGCGCGCGAGGGGGGAGCUGGGGGAUGCGCAUGACUAUUGCAAUGAAGCAUUAAGACUAGCAGCUGUAGCCGGCGACCAGGGUUGCUAUGCGCGCGCCAUCAGGAUAGCUGGAGACGUUUAUAGACGGAAGUGUGACGUGGGGAAGGCUCUCAGACAUUACGAAGUAGCGAUGGGGGCUGGGCAGGCUCUAGGCGAUCGUCUGGCGCAGAUGGAAGCCAUGGACGGAGCCGCUAGGUGUCUGGAGGCGCUGAGGCUGCAGGGAAGAAUCUGCAACUGUCGCCCGCUAGAGUUUAACACCAGGUUGCUUGAGGUCGCCACUUCUGUUGGAGCUAAGAUGCUUGUACGUCGCGUGCGCCUGCGCCUAGCGGAGAUCUACACGGCUCUGGGCGACAACAACGCGGCGGCGCGGCAGAAGCGCGCGGCGGCCGCGUGGGCCGCGCCGGCCUGCGCGCGCUGCCGCGAGCCGCUCGCCGAGCAGCCCGAGCCACUGGCCUCGCUGCCUUGUGCGCAUAUCGUUCAUCAUGCCUGCAUGCCGGAAUCAUGGUCCAGGCGCUCGGGGCGCGGCGGCCCGGACACGCAGUGCGCGGAGUGCGCCUCCCCGCGGGCUCCCCGCGCCCCACCCGCGCCUCCCGCGCCGCCCGCGCCUCGAACACUGCCCAACCAGGACUUCCCAUUCGGAACACCCCCCACAUUGCGCGAGUCUGACCUGAACUCCGUGCUCUCAGACCAGAGCAGCCAGCAAGCCACGUCAAGCGUCUAA